UGCUGAUUUGUCUUUGCUCUCUCUCCUUUCAGGAUCCCUCGGUGACACAGCUCACAAACACUAGCCAAAGUGGCUUGGAUGAAUUCAAUCCCUUUUCUGAGAGCUCCCAGCUGAGGAAUGCAGCACGGACGACGCCGGCCACACAACCCUCUGGCCACUCGCAGCCUGCUGUUCUGCAGACAUCUGUGGAGCCCACUCCCCAGGCUGUGGCUGCAGCAGCACAGGCUGGGCUUCUUCAGCAGCAGGCAGAAUUAGAGAGGAAGGCAGCUGAGUUGGAGAAGAAGGAAAGGGAAUUGCAGAGUAAUGCAGCCAGUAUUAAUCCGAGGCAAAACAACUGGCCACCUCUUCCCAAGAAGUGUCCGAUCAAGCCAUGUUUUUAUCAGGAUUUUUCCGCGGACAUCCCUGCUGACUACCAGCGGAUAUGCAAGAUGCUGUACUACUUGUGGAUGCUGCAUUCGAUUACCCUGCUCCUCAACCUGCUUGCUUGCCUGGCAUGGUUCACAGUCCAGACAGAAAGAGGAGUAGACUUUGGUCUCUCGAUCCUGUGGUUUAUUUUAUUCACCCCUUGUGCCUUUCUCUGUUGGUACCGACCAAUAUACAAGGCUUUCAGGUCUGACAGCUCCUUCAGCUUCUUCGUCUUCUUUUUCAUCUUCUUCUGCCAAAUAGCAAUCUACAUCAUCCAGGCUGUCNCCUGCUCUUCUCUCUCUCACAGCGGAUGGAUCGCGGCACUGUCCGAGCUGCACGGGAACCUGGCGGUGGCUAUUAUCAUGAUGGUGGUGGCAGGAUUCUUCACGCUGUGCGCGGUUCUCUCGCUCUUCCUCCUGAAGCAGGUGCAUUCUCUGUAUCGACGCACAGGAGCCAGUUUCCAAAGGGCCCAGGAAGAGUUUUCCCAAGGCAUCCUCACCAACAGAAGCUUCCAGAACGCAGCCACUGGGGUGGCCUCCUCAGCUGCACAGAAUGCUUUCCGGGGAAAUUAG